GGGCAUCCAUCAGUCAGACCCAACACCUUCUUCCUCUCCCGUGCUGCUUUGGCGCUGCAUAACCUCGUCUGGUUCCAAAACCCAUCCAUACAUCUCCCCAACCUUCCACAUCGCCAACGAAUCUCUUCUCCUGCGACGACAACGACGACGACGACGAUAAGCGACUCGAAGGAUAGAUCAGGCCAUCAAUAUCGAUGACUCUCAACGCAACGAGAUCGUAUUGUCUGAUCCGUUGAUUCGGACCAACCUCGCAACGCCAUCGUAUCUUUUGGCAAUUUCCCGACGGCGCUGAUAACAUCAAGACACCACAACGCCUAAUCGCCAGCAACCCUCGAGCUGACCUGCCUCAUGGCGUAAUCCAUGGCAGAACGAAUCGCCUCUGCAAACCAGCGCUCCAGAUCGGUAGUCGACCUCGAUCCCCCCGCGCGCCUCCCGUCUACGCCGACGACAUCGUCUUCCGGUUCGGGCUCGCCCACCCUAGCUUCGACAUCGUCUUCCCAGCGAAUUACCAGAUCUUCUGCCCGGCAAGCGGCGAGUCUCGCGGCUUCAUCGACACAACCCGCUGCAAGCGCCGAUCCCGCAGCGGCCGCCCCUGCACCACCGAGCUCCAGUCCUCCAAACCCUCCCACCUCAGCCUCGCGGAAACGAAAGGCUUCAACACAAGCUACCAGCCCUACUCCUGGACCACAGCAGUCUGCAUCAGCUUCCUCCAGGCGAUCAAAGCGUCAAAAGGUAGCCGAAGCUGUUCCACCGUCCCAGCUCCCUACUCAGCCGCCUGUCCCGCCUCGCUCCAAGAGAAAGGGCAAAUCUACCGUCGCCAUGUCGAGCCCAGACAUUUCCGCCGAUCCUGCGAACGCAUCAGAGAACACCGCACCCUCGGCAUCUUCAAGCCGCAAAUCCAGUAGCAGCCGAAGCAAGAGGACUGCCACCGGCACCCUAGCAGAUCCUUCCGCCAACACAUCCAGCUCUUCCCGCAAGACGAAACGGAAUGCUGCAAACAACGCGGAUCCCGAUACCGCAAUGACGGGCACAGAUGACACUGAAAAGGAGUCUCUUCCUCUCCCGCCCCCACCGCCUCCUCCCGAACAUCAGGACGACGAUGACAGUGACGAAAACGAUGACGACGAUGAGGGUCAGCGAUACGAUGACGACGUAGACGAUGAUCCCUUUGGGGGAUUCGGAGGUCCUGGAGGUCCCGGUGGCUUGUCAAGUACCUUGCGGGCCUUGACAGGCAUGAUGACGGGUAUUUCGUCCCGCCUGCGAGAUCUUCUCAACAGCCUGCGUCAAAAAGAUGACCCAUCAGUGCAGCUGAUCGCCCUGCAAGAGCUGUCUGAAAUCUUGUUGGUUUCCAACGAGGAUAACUUGUCAGGUCACUUUUCACCUGAUGCCUUCGUCAAGGAAUUGGUGACUCUGAUGCAACCCAAUGAGAUUACGGGCGAAGAGAAUCCCGAACUCAUGCUGCUCGCCUGCCGUUGCCUGGCAAAUUUGAUGGAGGCAUUGCCCGCCAGUGUGGCCAACGUUGUUUACGGAGGGGCUGUCCCAGUGCUCUGCCAAAAGCUGCUCGAGAUUUCCUUUAUCGACCUUGCCGAGCAAGCCCUGAGCACCCUCGAAAAGAUCUCUGCAGAGUAUCCGUCCAGCAUUGUCCGAGAAGGUGGCUUGACCGCCUGCUUAUCUUACUUGGAUUUCUUCGCAACAAGCACACAGAGAACAGCCGUCACCACCGCUGCAAAUUGCUGUCGAAACAUUCCCGAAGAUUCCUUCCCGGUCAUUCGAGAUGUCAUGCCCACACUUCUCAAUGUCUUGGGCAGCAGCGACCAGCGAGUGGUCGAAAAGGCUUCCAUCUGUGUCUCUGGCAUUGUGGAGAGCUUCAAGUACCAGUCUGCAAAGCUGGAAGAACUCGUCAGUGUCGACCUGCUGAAGGCCGUGUUGAGGCUGCUUGUGCCUGGCACCACUAAUCUCAUUGGAGCCGAUAUCCACACGCAAUUCCUGCGAGUGCUGGCCUUUACGGCUCGUGCAAGCCCCCAGCUUUCGGCGGACUUGUUCAAGCUCAACAUCGUGGAGACACUGUACCAAAUCCUUACCGGUGUUUCUCCGCCCAGCGGUACAGAAGACGUUGCCUCCAAGUUGGACAGCGUUGUCAUCAUGCAGGCCUUGAUCCAUCGACCAAAGGAGCAGAUUAUCGAGACGCUUAAUGUCAUUUGCGAGCUCCUACCUAGCCUGCCUCGCAACGCCGACCCCUCAUAUGGCGACUUCGUGGAGAUGAACGCGGCGGAACCCAUCACUCCUUCCUCCACAGCAGCUGGAAAGACGCGCAAGUCACCAAACGACAAGAGAAUCGAACUACUCGACAGCUGCAAGUCCGAAGUUCGCCGCUUUGCUCUUAUUCUUUUCCCGACCUUGACCGACGCCUUUUCGAGCACGGUUAACCUCAACGUUCGUCAAAAGGUGCUCACAGCGCAGCUGAAGAUGCUUUCAAACCUCGACGAGGAAAUUCUUAGCGAAGCGCUGAAGACAGUGUCUUAUGCUUCCUUUCUGGCUUCGAUUCUAUCUCAACAGGACCAUCCCUCAUUGGUGAUGCUGGCACUUCAAGCCACAGAACUCCUUCUCAGUCGCUUGGAAGAUGUUUACCGGUAUCAGCUCUACCGCGAAGGUGUCAUUUCGGAAAUCACCAAACUAGCCAUCGAGGAGCACACGCCGCCCCCAGCGCCAGAGCCGGCCGGCUCACAGGAGUCCCACACCGCAGAGCAGCAGGCCGCAGCAGAUUCUGGUGAUCAAUCUUCAGACAAUGAAGAGUCGGAAGACGAUGAAGAACAUGAAGAGUCGGAUGACGAGGAAAAUGAAGAGGACAAUGAGAACGAGCCUCAUCCGGACGACAUUUCUGGGUCGCCGGUUAGCUCACGCGGCUCAACAAUGUCGCUCGACGGGCCGCCUCAACACUUCCUGUCAGACGUUCCAUCGAUGCGAAGCAGGAUUCGUGAGGUUGCCAAAAAGUUCUUGGAGAGUCACGAGACCGAGAAGCACGGCAAGGCCAUGAAGAAGAAGGCGACUAAGAUUCUCACCAAUCUAUCAGAUCUUGCUGGAGAGAUUGAAGCCUUCUACCUCAACAGAUCGGCGGGUAAUCUUUCGCCUGAAAACGGCAUAGAGUUGUUCAAGAAGCUGGCCUCGUCCUUCGACGCCGACGUCCUCGAAAGUGUCACCAGCGCAGAGCUUCUGGCUUCUGGACUCGUAAGGGUGCUUUUGGAAGUUUUCAGCAAUCCCGAUGAGGAUUUAGCCCGCACUGCCCAGGCGGACUUCUUGCAGGUCUUCAUGGGCUACAGCGUCAAGUCCAAGCCCAAGACCGCCACUGCUGAUUCACCUGCGACUCCCUUCAGUGUCAUGGUUCACAAACUUCAAGAUUUGCUGAGUAGAUCUGAGCAUUUCGAGGUCAUCACUGUUCAUCAAAAUACCUUCGAUGGCAAUCGCAGUAGUGCAGCGUCCAUGCUCGCGAAGCAGAUUCGGCUCAGGCUUGUGGCUGAUGACGAGUCUAUACCAAAGUCAUAUAGAAACAUAAUGGUUUCGAUUCACGCCAUCGCGACUUUCAAGUCUCUCGAUGACUACCUGAGACCCAGAAUCAGCCUGUCGGAACGGCCACGUGGCUCCUCAAGGCGGGCCGACAAUCUCUCGAGGGCCCUCGCGUCGUUGGCAGGCUCUGCUGGUUUGCCACUUAGUCAUGCGGCAGCUAGACUUGCGGAGCGCGCAUCGGCAGCGUCUGGGUCAAGUCCGAUUCCACCACCCCCCAGCGUGCCUACGCCCAGCGGCUCGCGUUCUCUCCGCAAGACGAAGUCGAAGUCAACACCUCAGUCGGAGAGUGCGGCCACUCCAGAUACCUCCUCCAGCACCAGAGACAAGGGCGUUUUGAGGAGAUCUACCCGUCGUAGCGCGGCGUCGGCCGCAGAUAGCCCAGUGCCGUCCAGACCACCUCCUGAAGAAGACGACCUGGAGAAUGCCCUCGAGUGUGCAGACGAGAAGCAGCUGUCUGACGACGAAGAGAUUGGCGGAAGCAGUGCAUUGGACGCUAUUGUAGGUGACUUGGACGAGGAUAUGAGCGAAUCUCCCGGUCCCGAGCCUGGCGCUGUCAACAUGGAAAUCGCUGCUGGUGGAAAGGUCACCGCACGGAAGGAUGACGGGACCAGGGUGCCCACGCCAUCGCAGAGUUCUCUGCCUACUCGUUCUAGUGCUCUUCUGCCCCCUCCUGCGGCACAAAGCACUCCCACGCCGGCAACCUCAUCGAGGCCGAUGUCUUACGCUGCAGCCAUCCAAGCGGUGCCACAGGACUGGCAUAUCCAGUUCACUCUCGACAAUAAGGUGAUUACGAGCGAGACUACAAUUUACCGUGCCGUCCACACCUCGGCCGCCAAUUCUGAUGAGCACUUUAGCCGAAGUGUCUGGUCUGCAGUGCACCCAAUCAAGUUCCGACGUGCCCCUGGUCCACCCCCCGCGGAGACCCUUUCGUUCAGUUCCAAUGCUCAGGCCACUACGGAGGAGAAUGGCGAAGGAAACGUUCCGGCAUCUCUCGCCAAGCACCCUUCGACAGCCUCUAUCCUUCGCCUUCUCAACAUUCUUCACGACUUGAACGCCAACAUCGAAGAUGUCAUGGUUGAGAACAGCGAGAAAGAUGCUGUUCGUCUGAAUGUCGAGCCCCUAUCACAGUUCGUCAACACCAAAUUGACGGCGAAGCUCAAUAGACAGCUUGAAGAGCCUUUGAUCGUCGCGAGCAAUUGCCUCCCAAGUUGGGUGGAAGACCUUGCACGACUGUACCCUUUCCUCUUCCCCUUUGAGACCAGGCACUUGUUCUUGCAGUCGACCUCAUUCGGUUAUGCGCGCUCGAUGACUCGGUGGCAGAACGCCCACUCUGCGGACGACUCGCGUCGCGAUCGCCGCGACGAUAGACCAUUUUUGGGUCGUUUGCAGCGCCAGAAGGUUCGCAUUUCCAGAUCCAAGAUCUUGGAGUCGGCCUUGAAAGUAAUGGAGCUGUAUGGCGCGUCUCAGAGCAUUCUCGAGGUUGAAUACUUUGAGGAAGUCGGAACCGGCUUGGGUCCGACACUUGAGUUCUACUCGACGGUGUCGAGAGAGUUCUCCAAGAAAAAGCUUAAGCUGUGGAGAGAGAUGGAUUCGAACGAGUCGGAAGAGUACAUCUCUGGAGCGAGUGGACUUUUCCCUCGGCCGCUCAGCGACGAUGAAGCCACUGCGCCCAAUGGGGAACGUAUUCUGCAACUAUUCAAGACUCUCGGCAAGUUUGUUGCUCGCUCAAUGAUCGAUUCUCGCAUCAUUGAUCUGAACUUCAACCCCACCUUCUUCCGCAUUGGAGAUGGUUCAUCGGCACCUGGCGUGAAGCCAUCACUCGGCGCAGUUAAGGUCGUCGACCCCGGCUUGGCCAGGUCUCUGAAGACCAUUAAGAAGUUCGCCGUGGCCAAGAAGGAAAUCGAUGAAGACCCUUCACGAACGCCUGCUCAAAAGGUUGCCGAUACAGAGGAUAUUGUUAUUGACGGUGUCAAGCUGGACGACCUGUGCCUGGAUUUCACGCUUCCUGGGUUCCCAGAGAUCGAGCUGACGCCCAACGGUGGACAAAUUCGGGUCACCAUUGAUAACGUGGACUCGUACCUUGAGCGUGUCAUUGACAUGACCCUGGGCACUGGUGUUCGCCGCCAGGUAGACGCCUUCCGCACCGGUUUCUCCCAAGUCUUCCCCUACUCUGCGUUAAGCGCAUUCACCCCCGAUGAGCUGGUAACUUUGUUUGGCCGGGUUGACGAGGACUGGUCUCUCGAAACACUCAUGGAUUCGAUCAAGGCGGACCACGGCUACAACAUGGACAGCAAGACCGUCAAGAACCUGCUGCAGACGAUGAGCGAGCUAUCGGCUCCCGAGCGCCGUGAUUUCCUGCAAUUCACCACGGGCAGCCCCAAGCUCCCCAUUGGAGGAUUCAAGAGCUUGACGCCCAUGUUCACGGUCGUCUGCAAGCCAAGUGAACACCCCUACACGUCUGACGAUUAUCUCCCCAGUGUCAUGACGUGUGUGAACUACCUCAAACUACCCGACUACACCAACAUCGAAGCCAUGCGCAAACAGCUCUCUACUGCCAUCAAGGAAGGCCAGGGAGCUUUCCACCUGUCAUAGACGCUGUCUCUGUCACCGACUCAGCGAAUUCCAGGAAACCGAAAACAGAAAAAAACAGAUAGCGAACCAGAUGGCCGAGUUGGUCAUCUCAGCGAAUGUCGCCACAUUUACAUGACUGUGGUAUGAAAUACAUCAACAAGCAUUGCACAUCGGGCGAUGGUAUUCUUUCAACAAUAAAGAUUUUAUGGAUGGAACGGUCUGGGUCAGGGAACACCAGUUUUGGGUGAGGUGGACUGAAGGGCGAGGGUAACAACACACAUUGAAGAGAAGCCCCUCCACCCGACUUUGCAUGGCAGGUUCGUUAGGCGUCAGACGUGCUUUUCGGCUUGCCUCCCUGUUAUGGCCUCGAGGCAUUUCUCUCUUGUUUCGGCACUGUUUCUAAGGGUCCAUGACCAGACCCGUCUGAAGCCUGCUGGUUUGUGACGUGCCAAGGGGACCCCGUUGAUAGAAUGGUCAAAAUUGAUUUGUGA